CGGGGCUGUCCGAUUUGGUGCCUGAAUGAAAAGAGAGGAGCGACGCCUGCGCCAGGGCAGCAGAUCUGUGACGAUAAAUAUCAACUGAACCCUUUCUGUUUUGUGAUCUACUGUGUUACAUAUUCGAGUCCUUGCGUAGCGUGUGUGACGUGACAGAGAAGCAUGGACUCUCGAAAAGUGGCAGAGUUGAAGGGUUUCGUGCAAUUGUGCGAGUCCAAUCCCGCGAUCCUGCACCUUCCCGAGAUGGGCUUCUUCCGGACCUGGUUGCAGAGCAUGGGUGCAAAGAUCCCUUCCUCGUCUUCCCCCAAGGAUGCAUGCAAGGGUGAGUGUCCCUGUGGUCCUCCCCCGACAUUUUCAGCUCCCCGAACUGAGCCCGAGCCUCCUGUACCAUCUGAAAGCGAGGAAAGUGAACUAGAAAAAGACCUAGAGGGCGUCAUUGAGCCAGACGCUGAUGAUCCACAAGAAAUGGGAGAGGAUGAAAAUGUUGAGGUAACAGAGGAGAUGAUGGACAAGGCCAAUGACAAGAAGAUAGAAGCCAUCAAUGCUCUGGGAGACGGAGAUCUGCAGAAAGCUGUGGGUCUUUUCACUGAAGCCAUCCAGCUGAAUCCCUGUGUGGCCAUCUUGUACGCAAAGAGGGCGAGCGUCUACGUUCAGAUGCAGAAACCCAACGCCGCCAUCAGAGACUGCGACAGAGCCAUCAAGAUCAACCCGGACUCGGCCCAGCCUUACAAGUGGCGGGGGAAAGCUCACAAGCUGCUGGGCCACUGGGAGGAGGCAGCCCGGGAUCUGGCCACAGCCUGUAAACUGGAUUAUGAUGAGGAUGUCAGUGCAAUGCUGAAGGACGUCCAACCAAAGGCUAAAAGAAUCAUCGAGCACAGGCGCAAAUAUGAACGCAAGAGGGAAGAGAAGGAGAUCAGGGAGAAGCAGGAGCGUGUCAAGAAAGCAAAGGAAGAGCACGCUCGGGCUCAGAAGGAAGAGGAAGCAAGAGGAGGAGGGGGAGGAUUCUUCCCAGGAGGUGCGGGAUUCCCCGGUGGAUUUCCAGGUGGAGCCGCCGGCAUGCCCGGUCUCAAUGACUUGCUGCAGGAUCCCGAGCUGCUCUCCGCCAUGCAGGACCCUGAGGUGAUGGUCGCCUUCCAGGAUGUGGCACAGAACCCGGCCAACAUUACCAAGUACCAGAACAACCCCAAGAUCAUGGCGCUCAUCACCAAGCUGAACUCCAAGUUUGGAGGGGCUGCACCUCAGCCGUAAACGGGACCGGACCAAAGAGAUAGGAGGAUUUAGUGUGCUGCAAUGAUCUUUCGGGGGCUUUUCAGUAAUUCUACGGCGUUCAGAUUAAUCCUUCAGGGGUGGAGUGCUUGUUUAAACAGAGGAACUUGGGGGGCAAGGUAAAAUCAACACUCUUAUAAUCAGCACAGAAAUCAACCAGCUAGGAGUCAAGAGGGCAGUCGUUCCAAGACCACUGUGAUUCCCAAUUAGCUGGCACUUAACCACAAGUUGUUUCUUAACCUAAAUCUGCAAUCUUGGCGGUCCUGCACUAGCUAAAGCAUUUUUACAGCUACACUGAAAACAGUAAUGGUUUUAGAACCAAACCCACCUUUUUCUGUUAUGUCCAUUAAAAAAAAAUAAAAUUUUGAUCUCUGACCCGAUUAGGGAAAAUGGUUAAUAAAGCUUCUGUUUCUGUAA